AUGGCAUCAUCGGGACAGCGCGAGGCCGUGUUCCCGACGCGCAUGACGCUCGGAACUACCAAGAUUCGUUUGAAGGGCGCGCAAAAUGGCCACUCGCUCCUGAAGCGUAAGGCAGACGCCAUCUCCAAACGGUUCCGUACGAUCACAGGCAAGAUCCAGGACGCCAAGAGGCAGAUGGGUAUUGUGCUGCAGCAAGCCGCGUUCAGCAUGGUAGAAGUUGGCUACACGACUGGUGACAUUGGCUAUGCCGUGCGCGAGAAUGCGAAGCGUGCGACGUUCAAGGUUCGGUCGCGCCAAGAGAAUAUCAGCGGUGUUGUGCUCCCAUCGUUUGCGAUACAAUCGUUGGAUGGCGAACCAAAGAGCGAAUCGUCCAAAGAUGGCGCUGGGUCCGGUGAAUUUAGCUUGACAGGUCUGUCGCGUGGUGGUCAGCAAGUGCAAAAAGCGCGUGACACCUAUUCCAAAGCGCUGCGCGUUUUGGUAGACCUGGCCAGCUUGCAGACCGCCUUUGUCAUCCUUGACGAAGUCAUUCGCCUCACAAACCGCCGUGUCAAUGCCAUUGAAUACGUAAUUAUCCCGCGCCUCGAAAAUACGAUUGCCUACAUUGUGUCUGAGCUGGAUGAAAUGGACCGUGAGGAGUUCUUCCGCCUGAAAAAAGUGCAGGGCAAGAAGAAGCGUGUUGCCGAGGAGCAGGCAGCCAAGGCUGCUUUGGAGAAAGAACAUCUUGCUGAGAGCCACAGCGCUGUCGGUCAGCAGGAUAUGCUUAGUGCAGAGAAAGACGCGGAUGUUAUUUUCUAA